GAGUGGUCAAAAUUAUUUUACGAAGACAACUUGGAAAAAUGCGUCAAGGUACUUCAUCAUAUACACAUGGUCGUUCUUAAUUGUAAUUUUGAAAACUGAGAUAUGUUAGCGAUGCAUAUUGGUCAUUGUAGUGUCGAAUAUCUAUAUGGUCUGUAAUUUCAAUUUAUUUUUGACUUUAUUGUUCCUCUAUUCAAUUGUAGAUGUUUGUGCCGGUGUUGACUCUAGAAGGUGCACCACAUUGGUUUGGUGCCGAAGUAAAUAUGAAGUCCAAGGUUGUCUCAUUUCUAGACUCCCUACACACCGCAAUGCAUGAGAAGUAUCGUGUGGAGGCUACAAAAGAAAUGGUAAACUUGCAAAGUUUCAUUGUUUGAUGUGAACUCAUUCUUCAUUGAAUCUAACUAAUUGUAUACGUUUGCAGUUGUCGACGUUGGACCUUUUGUUUGAGGAGAAUAGGUCGAAGAAUGUGACUUUCGUGGAUUUCAGAAUUGACAGGAAAGAUCGCGGGCUUCCUCAACAAGACAAUGACCGAGAUUGCGGUGUAUACGUCAUGAAGUACAUGGAGGCUGUGGCCAAUGAGGAAGAAGUAGUUGAUGAGUUUCACCCGGUUGAGGCACGUUUGGAAAUCGCUGCGAGGAUCAUAACUGAUGAACAAAAUGAAAUUCGUACCAAAGUGGUUGAAGAUCGUAGGGCUGCACAAGGCAGCUCAUUUGCAUCAUCCUCGGCCCCUUUGCAUAGUCCGUCAAAGUCUCCACGCGAUCCUCGGUUCAGUACAGCGAAGUCUCGCAAUGCAAACAUGUUUCCCCCGUCAAGAGCCUCCCCUAGGUUUCAGUCUAGCAAGACUAAGAUUUCAUAUGGUGAAUAGUGUGUAAAAAAUACUUGUGUUAUUAAUAGGUUGUGUUAUUAGUGUGUUGUGUAGUUUGGAUUUGGGAGCAUAGGUUGUGUUAUUUGUGUGUUGUUUAGUUUGGAUUUGGGAGCAUUUGGAUUUAGACAUCUGUUUUUAUUAGUUGACGUUUGGAACUGGUUAUUAUGUUCACAGACUUGUGUUUAUUUUAGUUUUGAGAAUAUAUUAAACCAUACUUAGCAAA